GGCAGGUGGCGCCAGCUGCGAGGUGAUGUGGUGUGCGUGUGUUUGGUGUGUGUGAUGUGCGUUGCGUAGCGUACGCGCGUAAAACUGCUGGAUCUGCGGCUUCUCCUCGCACCACUUUUUGCGCGAUUUACUUUCUUCCCCUCUCAAAAUGUUGGGUGCUCGAAACGCUUCCUCGUUGGCCACGCACGGGGUAUCCCAGCUCUAUCAGGUACGGUUGAUAAGACCUCGAAACCCGCGUUAAUCUGUGCGCUGGAAGUUGGUUUACGGUUGCAUUUUGUCCACGCUUCGUACGGGAACACGCGAGCUGCGCAAACGACUCGUGCCUCUGCAUUUGGCGAGCACAGCAUGUCGAAAGCCGAGAGCCAAAGGGAACAACACACUCCUAGGUUUCUGACACCGCCUUCAACGCCGAAGAGGGUCAUUGCAUACCAAGAAAAGCUAAAGCAAACCUUCAACCCAAGCUUGUUUCUGCAAAAUUUCAACUUUUCAAUACCUUUUCGAAGAAAACCGAAACCAAAGCCAAGUGAAGAUACGACAGUCUUUCCUACACCGUACAAGACACUUUACCACCCGAGAGUUGCAAGGCACCAGCCAUUCCGCAGGUCCGAGUUCAUCGAACUUGCCAACUUUGGAGUGGUUGAAAUUGACCCGACAGAGAGUGGUGUGGGCCACGACUUUGAGCCAGUGGUGUUCAAGAAUCCGACUUGGUGUGACUUGUGUGGUGACUUUGUGUGGGGAGCCUGCAGUUUACAGCAAGGACUUCAGUGUCAAAACUGCAAUUUUACUUGCCACCUAAGGUGUCGAAGCUUCGUUGCAUUGGACUGUAAAGGCCACGGGGAAAUGGAGACCACCGACCUAAGUGGCCAGAAGCAGGACGAGCGAAAAGAAGGAAAUGGUCGUAUAUCACCAUUGUUUCUUGAGGACCUCCCUAAAGAUGAGCUCAUGUCACGAAUUGAAUCCUACAAUCUACAAGAACCUGGACUUGACAUGGUUCUGCAAGAAGACGGGUCUGUGCGAGGUUUCGUGAGGGUACGCAUGAACCUAAUGCGUCCUAUCAACGUUGUAGCAGGAACAAGACCUCCGUCCAUUUACAACAUCCUUAAGGAUGACGACAGUGGUCGAAAGACGCUUACCUCCUUCUACCUGCCCAGGGACACUAUAAAGGCUCUUCACAUUACGAGUGAAUAUACUGUGCGAGAGCUGAUAGUGGCCCUUUUAAAGAAGUUCAAAGUAGCAGACAAUCCCCGGAAGUUUGCGCUUUAUGAAAGUCAAGUCGACGAAAGCACCGGUGAAGUCAAACUUAGGAAACUUCAGGAUACAGAUAAACCUCUUUGGCUUGCAUUGGACUGGAACAGUCGGUCUAGGCAGUUUGUUCUGCAGGAAAAUGACAAUAGUGAUAUAGAGUGGGAGGACUUUGCAAUACCGGAGCUGCAGAACUUUCUGAAGAUCCUGGAGCUCGAAGAGGAAGAGUACCUGACCCAGCUGAAGCUGAAGUAUGACCUUGUGCGUUCCAAAAUUCAGGAGGCAAUGGACUCGUUUCCAAAGCCCGGAACUGAAGUUCUUGAGGCCCCAAGUUCUGAGGCACACGAGCCCGAGUAUACAGGAAACACUUCAAGCUCUUGAUUUUGGCGUUUGAGCUAGAAUGUUAAAAAUACCUGUGCAGUUUUCUUGCAUGCAGUAGGCAAGUAAGUUGUACUAUUGUUGACAGAAAUUUGAAUGGUACAAUCCAGCUAUCACUUGCACCAAUUCAGAAGGUGAUGGUUGGCACUUGUUUUUAACUUGGCGUUCUCCGUGCAGUGUUCCACACUUUGCAAGCAAGGACUACUGGCACCAUUAUUCGGCGUUUGUGAGACUAAGUCCCGGUGUUUUUUUUUUGUUUUUUUUAUGUGUGUGCAUUCAGCCUUUUAAUAGUCCAUCAUAGUAGUACCUGCGUUUUGCAUACAGUUUGCUUCCUUUUGCUUGAGGUAGUUUUUUUUUUUUAUGAUGAUGAUGGACUGGAGCAAAAGGGCUUCAAAACUCUCGCAUGCAAUAUUGUUUGUGCCUAGUGCAUUGACAUGCCCUUCUGUUCUUUUCUUUUUUGUGUGUGUGUGUGAAAGCAGUAGGUAAUGUUGACAUCAUCUACAUGCACAGUUGAAAAGCCAUUACGUUGGCUCUUCAUUUAUGUUGUCUUCAUUUGCAAUGAAUUUGGGCGCCUGAUCUACGAGUAUUGUACUGCAAGUAGUGCAAAAUUGAGUACAGCCUUCUCCUUUGUUACUUUUUUUUUUUUUUACUGACCUAAUCUUUAGCUGCCACAAGUAGGUAGAGUACUGCAAAAACUUGCGUGUUAUAUUAGUCUGAGUAAUAGUACAGUGGAAGGUUUUGGGGCUAUGAUAAGGAGAUGUUUAUAUGUGUAUAAGAGAAACAGAAUACACAGCCUUUUUGGUCAUAUAAUGCCAAGGAAACAUGCAAACCACUAAAAACUACUAAAAUACAGGAAGUUAACUUGAUGUGUCAUUUUUAUCUCAUUUGUGUAAUGCAAUAGUUGUUGCAAACAACUUUCCUUCAUUACAUACAUGUAAGCUUUAAUAGGAGGAUCACAAAUAUGGUAUUGUGAAGUAAUAGAGACAUGUUAUUUAGCUGAAAUUGCAAUCAAACAGUCUCGGCUAAUCAGAACACGGUUUUGUGUUCCCCACACAUGUCAUUUAAUCACCGGUGACAGUUAAUUUAAAAUGUCUUGCUCACUUUUGCAUUACUUUUGGUACAUUUCCAUAUAUGCCAUAUAUAGUAAUUGAUCUUCUUUUUCUUGUGAUGAACACUGUUUUGUCACUAACUGAAGUUUCUGAAGUUUCUAAAGCCUAGAAUAGAUACCGAGAAGGAUCUUAUGGUAUUUUACAAAAUUACCGCGGAACAUUGGAGCAAAAUUUUCAUGCUGCAUGUGCUACUUUGUGCCAUAAAGUAGCUUGAGUGCUGUUCGAACAGAACUUCACAAAACUUGAUAUGCUAAAAUGAACCAUUGCCUUACGUAAAUUAGAAAAUUAAUUUGGCACCCUCCAGUACAGCGGCCCUCAGGUGAAGUUUCAAGACGUUAAACCUCAGAAUUAUUUUUUUUAAUGUAAUUUCGAUACAGUGCUGCAAACAGCAUAAAUUCCACCCACUAAUCGACGCAAUGCAUGGUAGUAACCACAAUGCAAUGUAGGUCAUUCUACUGCAGCCAUUCAUAGCAUUGUUUUUCAACAAUGACUAUUUGCUCUGCAAGAUAUUGGUGGUUUGGCAAUCUCUCGGGAAAUAUAUGAGCAAUAGUAAGCAUGAUUUUCUUGCUCACGUAAUCCUCUC